AUGUCUAGUGGACUAGUCUUGAUCACUGGUGGCUCUGGCCACAUCGGAUUCCAAGUUAUCGUCAACGCAUUGGAAGCUGGCUACAGAGUUCGCGCUGCAGUUCGCAGUCAGGCAAAAGCUGAUAAAAUCAAGUCAGCGCCGUCAAUUCGAGCGAUAAACCCACAGGACAGACUGUCCUUUGUGGAAGUCGCCGACCUUACGGCUCCCGGGGCAUACGAUCAGGCGGUGGAGGGUGUCGACUUCAUUAUUCACGUUGCUUCUCCUGUACCUUUUACCUAUAAGGAAGGAGAUGAUCUUGCUGAACAUUUUGUUGAGCCAUCUGUCAAAGGCACCCUCGGGAUCCUCACAGCAGCGCAGAAGACUUCGUCAGUCCAGCGCGUUGUGAUUACAUCCUCCGUCGUUGCAAUCGUUCCUUUCGCUGAUUUCACGUCCGGUAAAAGUGAAACCAUAUUUAACGAAACCAAUAGAAUUACAACGCCAACAAGUUUUGCGAACGUCUUCCAUGCUUAUGCCACGAGCAAAGUGGCAUCUCUCAACCAAGCCGAAGAAUGGAUUAGCGAGAACAAGCCGGCAUUUUCAAUUAUUCACCUGUUCCCUGGAUACGUAAUUGGGAAGGAUGAAUUGAUCACGGACGUGAAGGGUGCGUUUUAUGGGACAAAUAAGGAGGUUUUGUUUCCUGUGACAGGCGGUGACAAUGGCUUCACACCUGGUUCUUCCGUUCACUUGGCGGAUGUAGCAAGAGCUCAUGUGGCAGCGUUGAAUCCACAGAUCGUGGGCAAUCAAGGUUUUAUUCUUACUUCCGGUGGGUUGCGAGGGACUCAUUGGGAGGAAUCCCUUGAUGUGGUUGCAAAGAACUUUCAAGAUGCUGUCCAAUCAGGCGUUUUGAGUAACGAUGGCAAGGCAGGAACAUUGCCGAUCAAAGUUGAUGCUAGUAAUACUGAGAAGGCUCUGGGAAUACGGUUUCGAUCUUUUGAGGAGCAGGUGAAGAGCGUUGUGGGUCAUUACUUGGAGCUCGUUGGAGCUCAUUGA